GCUGAAGAUGUUCCUUUUGCAGUGAAAACGUCGUCAGAUCUUCUAACGGAAGAAUCCUAUUUGUACAAACAAACAGUGAUUAUUCUAACUGGAGCUUUAGGUACCUUUACACUUCUGGGGCUUCUCUUUCAUUAUUGCUUUUAUAAAAAAGCACCAUCAAGACAUACAUCAGAAUCAGGUACUAAGAUUUUAUAAAAAAUAAUAUACACCGAAAUGAGAAAGAGCCUUUAGUAAUACAUGAAUACAAAGAUGAAAAUAAUAGCGUUGAUGAUAACGCAGGGGCGCCCAACGAGAAUAUAGUUCAAAACCACUUAAACAUAGCAUUGUUAAACGUAUUUUAGUAUUUAAACGGUAGAUUGAGGCAUAUUUUUAUCCCUAAAAAUUUUUCAUCUGUUCGGAUUUUCUAGCUGAAAGUCUAGUGAUCCGAAAAUUAUAAGGAUCAAAACUUACUUUUUCGAAAAUUUCACCCAGAAAAAAGGCCCCCGAAAAUUCUAGGUGACCUUUUUAGGGUAAAAAUAGGUUAAAAAUAGGCAGUUAUACCAUUUUUUAGAUGUUCGGAAAUCCUAGGAGAGGCAGGCAAGCAAGAAAUUUUAUAACAAAUGUUCCGAAAAUUCUAGAUCUCAAAUCGUCUUCCGAACAGAUAUUUUCCGAAAAUUGUCGUUGAUAACGGUGGUAGUGGUGGUGGAGGUCUCGGUUAUGAUGGUGUGAUGAUGAUGACGACAAACGUUAAAGAUAAUGGUGCUAAUUAUUAUGGUGCAGAUGCAUGAUGACGACGAUGAUUGUUUUAGUGUUAACGAUGGUGAUAAUAGUAUAUGUGAGGAUAAUGUAAACUAAGGCUUGAAAAACCACUGCAAAAACCGUGAACGAUCAAUGAAGCUCUACGUUGGAUCAAACAAGAUCGUGAUCAGUCGAAAAAGAUAAAAAUAGAAUUAAGGUCAAAAGGACGUCUGCAAAGACUGAGCAAACAACGUGGAAAAGACUGAGGUAUACAAUAUUUCGACCGGCCAAUACCAGUCAUUAGGUUUAUUACGAAAAACCACGAAUACAUAGAAUAUAUACUACUGUAAAUAAUAACGGAAGUUACAUGGUAUGACGUGGUAAGGUGUGGCUGCUAAGAAAAAUAAACCGAAAAAAAGAUAACGAUUACAUAAUGAUUAUAGCUCGUCACAUUUGUUCAUUCCCAGAGGCUCGAUGGUUUUGGCUUUAUGAAUGAGGUGCGCCUCACUGCUUUCCUAAGACAGUCGCGUUCAUAUCUAGUGUUUCAAUUGGGAUAAGUAACAUAUGGGAAACAGAGUGGCUAUUACUGAGAAAGUGUUCUGAGCUGCGGUUUGGAUCAAGCAACCGGAGGGUUAAGUUUAGGGCGUCUAUGUUCAUUAAAACGGUCCUUGAGGUGGCGUUUUGUUUCCCCAAUAUAUAUAUAUUGGAGGCGGCAUUGAAUCAUGUAGAUAGCAUUAAAAGUAUUACAAGUAAUGUGAAAUUUGAUUUUGUCAUAUGUAGUGAUGAGGGGUGGGGGUGUUGACAACAUUCAAGAAAAUGAUAAUAACGUGGCGAUGUUAAUAGCGGUGGCGAUGGUUGUGAUUUUGGUCAUGAUAAUGGUGGUGGUGAGAAAGAAUGAUAGUUAUUAUAAUGAUGACGAUGAUAGUGGUGGUGAUGAUGAUGACGGCCAGGUAAGUGAUGGUGGUGACCGGGUAAUGGUAAAAGUGAUGCUGAUGAUGCUUACGAUGCUGAUGAUGAUGAGCAGGACGAGGAUCAUGCAGGAUGGUGAUGAUGAUGAUGAGUCUAACCCUUUUGUUCUGAAUUCUUAUCUCAGCAGAGGACAUCGUGGUAGUAACGACAAACGGCUCCCAAAUAAAACGAACUGAGCCAAUAUCACAACUAAAGGAGGAUAUUUCUGAAUUUUACGAAUGUUUUAAGAAAAAGUAUCUGACUUUACGCCAC